GUAUGUAGUGGUGUUGGGUGGCAUCACUUGUUUCAAAGAAUAGAUGCUAAUACGCCAAUAAUCGCGAUUUCUGUUCUUCUGUCAUUCUUUUAUAUCCCCGAAGUUCCAUAGUGUGGUUGCUGGCCCUGUAAGUGUGGCAUAAUUUUUUAAAUUGAACGAAUAUUAAUUUUGCGACAAUUAUUAUAAUAAUUAUCGCAUUUAUUAGGCAAAAAUUUCUAAGUGAAAAAGUGGUAAAAUAUGGCUGCAGACCAAGCGCAAUUUCAACAACUACUUAGCUCGUUGCUAUCAACCGAUAAUGAUGUCCGCCAACAAGCAGAGGAUGCCUACAAUGAGUUACCAAGAGCGGUGAAAGUUACUCAUUUACUAGGCAGUAUCCACAAUGGUCAGCAAGCAGAGGACCACCGACAGAUGGCAGCUGUGCUUUUACGACGGCUAUUUACAUCAGAAUUUUUGGACUUUUAUAAAGAGGUAAAUACACGAUAUUGUAUCGCAUAUAUUGCUAAAAGAUUCGACUUAAAUGUAGUUAAUAUUUAA